CCUGCCAAACACGUUGAGAAAGACACUAUCGACUCCCAUGAACAUCAGCAUACCACAUCUCAAGAAUGCAGAUGCUGAGGACGAGGUGUUAUGUGUUCACUGGGAGGCCAAUUCCUGGAUUCAAGAUGGCUGCCAUGUCAGUAUUACCAAGUCCACUCACACCGUCUGCUCCUGCCAAUACCCUUCAACAUUCGCCCUGAUCAUGACCAUGGAUCCAACACAAAAGAGUGACCCUGUGAUGAACAUUCUGAACACCAUCUUGGUGCUGAUUGGCCUGCUGUUCCUGACCUUGGCGGUGAUGACCUUUGCCCUCUGUCGGUGGAACCCCAGGGCGUCCAACGUGGCCCGCCUGAACCUGUGUGUGUGUCUGCUGCUGGCCCACACCCUCUUCCUGCUGACACAGAACUUCAUCCGACGAAUCAAAGUGCACCAGGUUCUGUGCAGCGUACUGGCUGGAGUCUUGCACUAUCUCUUCCUCUCUUCAUUCGUCUGGAUGUUCCUAGAGGCCAUGAUGCUCUUCCUGUCAGUGCGGAAGCUCAGGCAGGUCAAACCUAGCGAGAGGGCGUGGCUACAGUGGAAGAUCUCCCUCCCGAUUGGCUACGGGAUUCCACUAAUCAUUGUAGGCGUGUCUGCUGGAGUGAACCCUGAGGGACACGGCAGUGAGAACUGCUGGCUAGUGGAGGGCUUCACAUGGAGUUUCCUUGGCCCUGUUUGUUUCCUCCUCAUUGUCAACACCAUCCUCUUUCUCACCAUCCUCAUCACCAUCCAGUCAACUCUGAAAGAGGCUCGCAGCGACGUCUCAAAGGUCAAAUACACCAGGGUUCUGCUGUUCAAACUGACAGUCCAGUUCCUCAUCCUGGGUUGCCCCUGGUUACUGGGCAUGGGGGCAGCCACAAGUCGGGUUCUAGAGGUUCUCUUCCUGUUCCUCGCCUCGCAGCAAGGAACCGCCAUCUUCCUCAUCCACUGCCUCCUCAACACAGAGGUGCGUUGUCAGUACAGGAAGUGGUGGAAGAGGUUCGGUCCGUCCAGCAAGCAGCCAGAGUCAGGAACAGGAACAGGAACCGUCUCCAUCAGUCUGACCCAGCAGCCAAGCAGGGACACUUGAGCACACGCAGGCAUGCACAUAGAGUGUACAAAAUCGUACCUUUUAUUUAUGAGUAGCCAAAAAUGUGUGUAAUGCUUUGCUAAAAGAAAUUGGAAAAUGUAUUUUGAGUGAUGCCAAACUUGAGCUGAUGUUUUGUUCUAUGAUUUUCAAAAAAGUGCAGAUUUUUUUUCCUCUGGGUAUUUUUUCACAUAUUUUCACAUUUCACAGGACAUAAUCCCUUUUAAGUGAACCAAACUCAGUCCUCUGUAAGUGGACCAAAGACGUAACCAACUGAAAGAUAACUCCAUUUGUCCAAUAGUUCCAUUUGACUUCAUAUUGUGAGUGUUUUGCAAAGAAGGGUAUUUUUUCUUGUACCACUACUAGACUUUUAUACUAGACCUCAUUUUGAUCACACAGCGUCCUCUAGAGCUCUCCUUUAGUUAUUACACCUAGUCACAGC